UCUUCGUUCGAUUUUUCUCCUUGACCUCGUGGCUUUGACGAUUUUUGGCGUUUAAUUUACUCAUUUUCGAACGCUUUUCAAGUUACGCUAAUAGAUAAUAAUUAAUAGCUGAUACUAAUGUUUGAAUAAUUUUGAGUUGGACAAAUAUUGUUGUCUUCGAAAGAUUAGGUGGUGGAAGUCGUACUUGCCAUGAGUUAUUAAACAGUUUGGAAAAGGACAUUUUUUCAUGAAAAGCCCACAAGGAGAAGGUGGGAGUCGAGCAUUUUAGUAUUCAUUUCCAACCAAGAAGUGGGCCAUGUAGCAAGGGAUUUUCCACAAGGAGGGGUCAUUGGUGGCAGCAAGUGUUACAAUGGAAACAUCAAUUGUAUCUCCACAAAAAAUAUUUUAUGUUUCAGUGUUCAUUGUCUUACCCCCUAGUGUCGUGAAGUUGGCCACACCUCGAAAGGCUGUACGAAUCUAUUCGUGAAUUGCCGAAAAACGGAAAGCUGCGUGAACAAUACAUUCCGGAAGCUGUGACAUGCGAUGAAAAGGAACUGUUUAAGUGGGAUCGUCUGUUGGGAACGCUUUAACAAUUUUGAUAAAGUCGUUCUCCAUCGAAUCCAGGCUACAGGAAAAGAUGUACCUCAAUACAUAACAUCACUCGAAGAAGCCGGCCUGCGCCCACUACUACUUCAAAACAUUAAGAAUUCUGGCUACAUAAAACCAACACCUGUACAGAAAGCUUCAGUUGCAGUUAUUCUUGUCAAAAGAGAUUUGAGUGCUUGUGCUAUCACGGGCUCCGGCAAAACGGCGGCGUACUUGGUACCAGUUAUGAACAUAUUGUUAGAACAAGGUGUUGCUGGUGCGUCCCCGCCAUGGGUCAAAAGCCAGAAGUUGUAAUUGUCGCACUCACUCGUGAAUUUUCGAUUCAAAUUCACCGCGGGUCGUAUAAAUUCUCCUACAAUUCGGUUUUAAAAUCUGCCAUUAUAUAUGAAGGAACUGUCACGAGCCAUCAGCGGUCAAAUCUUCAAGCUGGGUGCAAUGCUCUUGUCGCGACCGCGGGGCGACUCAAGGAUUUUCUCGACCGUGGAGUAUUUUACUUGUCGACGGCCAGGUUUUUAAUUUUGGACGAAGCUGAUCGGAUGCUUUAUGGGUUUCGGUCCGGAUAUUGAAAAAAUUGUCAACCA